ACUGCUCGGAUAUUUCGUUUGUUGGCGUGUUGAAAAAAACAUGUUGACGAGAAAAAUGGCCGACAUCGCAUUGGGUCUGAGGGCAGUCCGAGACAAACUAGCAGCUGCAUCGGCGAGAAGAGGUCCGGAAUUAGCGCAUUUUGAGCCUCGACUGGUUGCCGUGAGCAAAACUAAACCUGCCGCACUUGUGAUCGAGGCUUAUGAGGCGGGUCAGAGGCAUUUCGGUGAAAAUUACGUUAACGAAUUGUUAGAGAAGGGCCACAACCCGGAUAUAUUAUCAAAAUGCAAGGAUAUACGGUGGCAUUUCAUCGGUCACCUACAAAGCAACAAGAUAAACAAAGUUCUAGCAGUUCCGAAUUUGUACAUCGUCGAAACUGUACAUUCCAAAAAGCUUGCGACUGGGCUGGACAAUGCCUGGCCAAAAUUCCGAAAAACUGACGAAUCGCUGCUGAAGGUGAUGGUACAGAUAAACACAAGCGGCGAAGAAGAAAAAAAUGGCUGCGAAUCGAGCGAGGCUUCUAACCUGGUGAAACAUGUGAUAGACAAUUGUAAAAACCUGGAAUUCACCGGUAUAAUGACGAUCGGAAAGUACGGUUACGAUCCCAGUACUGGUCCAAAUCCGGAUUUCCUCAGUCUGAGAGAUUUGCACAAUAAGAUUUGCGAGGAAUUGAGUCUCGAUCGCAAAACCGUUGAGCUCUCCAUGGGAAUGUCGAGCGACUACGAACAUGCGAUUGAACUCGGUAGUACAAACGUCAGGGUUGGAUCAUCGAUAUUUGGACACAGACCGAAGAAAGGAGAAUGAAGGUGAUCUCUGCUAAUGAUGUUCAAAACGCAUUAGUAACAGCGCCGAAGAGAACCGAAGAAUACUUGGACCUGAAAAGUACUUGAUUUACGCUUACAAAGACAAUAUGUUAUACAUAUAAUAUUACCCGAAUCGUUCUGGGAAUACUAUGAAGAAUAGUCUGAACCGUUCGACAAACGCUUUAUUACAGCUGACCGCAAUUGGAGUACUUAAAUCACUGUACCUAGUACUUAUUGGUCACAAGUACGUUAACGUACGUACCUACAAUUUAAACCGAACGGUGGUCGCAUCUGUUAUGAAUAAAAUCCUAUGUUUUUAA